GCCAAACACGAGCAGAGAGAGAGAGAGAGACUGGGUGUUAAAGUGAGAGAAGUGUAUUCAGAGACUUAUAGACAGGCACAGAGAUAGAUGGGAAAGCAGAUGGUGGCAUAAACUUUACUUUUCAAGACCCGAGGACGGCACAAAAAAAAACGACUUUAUUCCGAACUACUGAAUACCUGAUCUCCAGAAUUCCUGCACCUCCUGCUCUUGUUUGGACUGAAUCAUGGAGGGAGGUGGUGAAGCAGCCAUGAGCACCUUCAUCAUGGAUGAAGAGACUCUCAAGAGAAAACAGAGAGAAAAACUGAAAAAACUGCAGGCCACGGGAGGAAACCCGCGUCCUGCGCGAUCCCUCCUCUUCCUCACGCUGAAGAACCCUUUCCGCAAGGCUUGUAUCAACAUCGUAGAGUGGAAACCGUUUGAAAUCAUCAUCCUCCUCACCAUCUUUGCAAACUGUGUAGCUUUGGCCGUUUUCCUCCCAAUGCCUGAAGAAGAUACAAACAGCACCAACAGUAACCUGGAGAGUCUUGAGUAUAUUUUUCUCAUCAUAUUCACUAUGGAAUGUUUCCUGAAGAUCGUGGCGUAUGGAUUUCUUUUUCACGCCGAUGCCUAUUUACGAAACUGCUGGAAUAUAUUAGAUUUUGUCAUUGUGACAAUGGGGUUGUUCACCAUCGUGGUGGACUUCAUCAAUAACAUCAGCGGUGUGGAGGCUCCAGUGGAACAGAAAGGAGGGUUCAAUAUGAAAGCCCUGAGAGCAUUCAGAGUCCUGCGGCCCCUCCGUCUCGUCUCCGGGGUCCCUAGUCUGCAGGUGGUCAUGAGCUCCAUUCUCAAGUCCAUGCUGCCUCUGUUCCACAUCGCCCUGCUGGUUUUCUUCAUGGUCAUAAUUUACGCCAUUAUUGGCUUGGAGCUUUUCAAAUGCAAAAUGCAUAAGACAUGUUACUACACUGGAACAGAUAUUAUUGCAACAGUGGAGAAUGAGGAGCCAUCUCCAUGCGCUCUGACUGGUAGCGGUCGACGAUGCACUCUGAACGGGACAGAGUGUCGCAAGGGUUGGCCUGGGCCAAAUAACGGCAUCACUCACUUUGAUAAUUUGGGUUUCUCCAUGCUCACCGUAUACCAAUGCAUCACCACGCAGGGUUGGACAGAUGUUCUGUACUGGGUGAACGAUGCAAUCGGAAUGGAGUGGCCCUGGUUGUAUUUCGUCACCCUGAUUCUGUUGGGCUCAUUCUUCAUCCUCAAUCUGGUUCUGGGAGUUUUAUGUGGUGAAUUCACUAAGGAGAGAGAGAAGAGUUCCCGCAGUGGAGAAUAUCAGCAGUUGAGGGAAAGACAACAGUUAGAUGAGGAUCUGAAAGGAUACAUGGAGUGGAUCACACAGGCUGAGGUCAUGGACAACGACCUUGAAGGCCAUGGUCUUCUUCCGCUGCAGAAGGAUGGAUCUGAAACAGAAAGUCUCUAUGAUUUGGAUGCACUAAACAAACUCAUGUUUUAUGUUCGUCACGCACGUCGCUGGAACCGUUUUUUUAGGAGGAAGUGUCGGGUUUGGGUGAAGUCCAGGCUCUUUUAUUGGCUGGUGAUAUUGCUGGUGUCUUUCAACACCCUGGCCAUCGCAACCGAGCACCAUCAGCAGUCCCAGGCCCUUACUAACUUCCAAGACAACACAAAUAAGGUGCUGCUGUCUUUGUUCGCGGUGGAGAUGUUUCUGAAGAUGUAUGCAAUGGGGUUGCCGUCUUACUUCAUAUCUCUUUUCAAUCGAUUUGACUGCUUUGUGGUGUCUGUGGGGGUCCUGGAGCUCAUUCUGGUACGUAUGGAUGUCAUGUCUGUCAUGGGGAUCUCUGUACUGCGAUGCAUUCGGUUGCUGCGUCUCAUCAAAAUCACCAGGUAUUGGACAGCCCUCAGUAAUCUUGUGGCGUCGCUCUUAAACUCGGUGCGCUCCGUCGCCUCCUUGCUGCUGCUCCUCUUCCUAUUCAUAGUCAUCUUCGCUCUGCUCGGCAUGCAGGUGUUUGGCGGAAAGUUUAAUUUUCCUGAUGGCGGUGUGCGCCGUAGCAACUUUGACAAUUUUCCUCAGGCGCUCAUCACCGUUUUCCAGGUCAUGACAGGUGAAGACUGGAACUCUGUCAUGUAUGAUGGAAUCAUGGCUCAUGGAGGUCCAUCAAUGCCUGGAAUCCUAGUCAGCAUUUACUUCAUUAUUCUGUUCAUCUGUGGAAACUUCAUCCUCCUGAACGUCUUCUUGGCUGUUGCGGUGGAUAACCUGGCAGAGGCUGAGAGCUUAACCUCUGCCCAGAAAGAGAAGGCAGAAGAGAAGAUACGCAAAAAGCUUCUCAGAGAAAAUCUUCCUGAUAAGGGUGAAGAGGAGAAGACUUUGCUGGCAAAGAAACUUGCCGAGCAGAGAGCCAAGAUUGAAGGAAUUCCCACUACAGCUAAGCUCAAAGUGGAUGAAUUCGAAUCAAAUGUGAACGAGAUUAAAGAUCCAUUUCCACCGGCUGAUUUUCCAGGUGAUGAUGAAGAGGAAGAGCCAGAGAUUCCCAGCAGUCCUCGGCCUCGUCCAAUGGCAGAUCUGCAGUUGAAGGAAACAGUGGUGCCCAUGCCGGAGGCCAGUUCCUUCUUUAUCUUUGGCCCGCAGAAUAAAUUCCGCAAACUCUGCCAUCGCAUCAUCAAUGCCACCACCUUCACCAACAUCAUCCUCCUCUUCAUCCUGCUUAGCAGCAUCUCAUUGGCUGCAGAGGACCCCAUCGACCCGGUUUCCUUCAGGAACAAGGUCCUGGCCUAUGCUGAUAUUGUCUUUACCUCAGUUUUCACAGCAGAGAUCGUGUUGAAGAUGACCACAUACGGCGCAUUCUUACACACUGGCUCUUUCUGCCGUAACUCGUUCAACAUACUAGACUUGAUCGUGGUUGGCGUUUCCCUACUGUCCAUGGGAAUGGAGUCAAGUGCCAUCUCAGUGGUUAAGAUCCUCAGGGUCUUGAGAGUGUUGAGACCUUUAAGAGCCAUAAACAGAGCCAAAGGUCUGAAGCAUGUGGUCCAGUGUAUGUUCGUAGCCAUCAAGACCAUCGGCAACAUCGUUUUAGUCACAAUGCUCCUGGAUUUCAUGUUUGCCUGCAUCGGGGUUCAGCUUUUCAAGGGGAAAUUUUUUUAUUGCACAGACCCACUUAAAAUGACGGAGGUGGAAUGCAGGGGAACGUUUAUAAAACACCAGGAGAACACUCUUCAUGACAUGGUCCUUAGUCAGCGCGAGUGGAUGAAUAGCGACUUAAACUUUGAUAACAUUCUGAACGCCAUGCUGGCUCUCUUCACGGCGUCAACAUUUGAAGGCUGGCCAAAGUUGUUGUAUAAAGCCAUCGACUCAAAUCUGGAGGACAGAGGCCCAAUUUAUAACAACCGCAUUGGGAUUUUCAUCUUCUUCAUUGUCUACCUCAUCCUCAUCGCCUUCUUUAUGAUGAACAUCUUCGUGGGCUUUGUUAUUGUCACCUUUCAGGAACAGGGAGAGCAGGAGUACAAAAACUGUGAGCUGGAUAAAAACCAGCGCCAAUGUGUUCAGUAUGCCCUGAAGGCCCGACCAUUGAGGUGUUACAUCCCUAAGAACCCGUAUCAGUACCAGGUGUGGUACAUCGUCACUUCCUGUUACUUUGAGUACCUGAUGUUUCUCCUCAUCAUGCUCAACACCAUGUGUCUGGGGAUGCAGCACUGUAAACAGUCAGAUCACAUUGAUUACCUGGCCAAUAUGCUGAACAUUAUCUUCACUGUCCUAUUUACAGUGGAGAUGAUCCUCAAACUUGGUGCCUUCAAAGCCAAGGGUUACUUCGGCGAUGCCUGGAACGUCUUUGAUUUCAUAAUAGUGGUUGGCAGCAUUGUUGACGUCAUACUAAGUGAAAUUGGUACAGCUCUUGAGAAACAGGGUGGAUUGUACUGUCUCACUGGAUGUCCUGCUGUGAACGGAACAGUGACACCAGAUGAUUUGAACUCGGUUGCAACAGACGAGAAUAUAAGCGUGUCUAUCACAUUAUUCCGACUCUUCCGUGUCAUGCGUCUGGUCAAACUGCUGAAUCGUUUCGAGGGGAUUCGGAAUUUGCUGUGGACCUUCAUCAAAUCAUUCCAGGCUUUGCCGUAUGUGGCGCUUCUCAUUGUCAUGCUGUUCUUCAUCUACGCUGUCAUCGGCAUGCAGGUGUUCGGAAAGAUCGCACUAAUAGACGGAUCUGUGAUUAACCGCAACAACAACUUUCAGACGUUUCCUCAGGCUGUGCUGCUGUUGUUCAGGUCUGCCACAGGUGAAGCAUGGCAAGAAAUUAUGUUGGGCUGUUUGUACGGUCAGCGCUGUGACCCAAAAUCAGAUUACCUGCCCGGAGAGGAGUACACCUGCGGCUCUGGAUUUGCCAUUUUGUACUUCAUGAGUUUUUACAUGCUGUGUGCUUUCCUGAUCAUUAACCUGUUUGUGGCUGUGAUCAUGGACAACUUUGAUUAUCUGACCCGUGAUUGGUCGAUUCUGGGACCGCAUCAUUUGGAUGAGUUUAAGAAGAUCUGGGCUGAAUACGACCCGGAGGCCACGGGGCGCAUUAAACACCUGGAUGUUGUGACUUUGCUGAGAAGAAUCCAGCCGCCUCUUGGGUUCGGAAAGUUCUGUCCUCACCGUGUUGCCUGCAAGAGAUUAAUUUCUAUGAACAUGCCACUAAACAGUGACGGAACAGUGACGUUUAAUGCCACGCUGUUCUCUUUGGUCCGAACGGCACUGAAAAUUAAAACCGAAGGUAAUUUUGAAAAGGCCAAUGAGGAGCUUCGGGCGAUUAUUAAGAAGAUCUGGAAACGCACCAGUAUGAAACUGCUGGACCAGGUCAUUCCACCAAUCGGAGAUGAUGAGGUCACGGUGGGAAAGUUUUACGCCACGUUCCUGAUCCAGGAUCACUUUAGGAAGUUCAUGAAGCGUCAGGAGGAAUAUUACGGAUACCGGCCAAACAAGAAGAACAAGAACACCACAGAGAUACAGGCGGGUCUGAGGAGCAUCGAGGAUGAAGCCGCCCCAGAGCUGCAUCGGGCGAUCUCUGGAGAUCUUCUCAAUGAGGAUGAGAUGGACGGGGCCAUGGAUGAAGCUGCAGAAGAGGGGAUCUACAGGAGAGCAGGUGGACUGUUUGGCAAUCAUGUGGAUCCAUUCAGGAGAGGAACCCCUAUGCCAACCCAGGUGACCAGCCAGCGCCCCCUACAGAUCGCAGACAGUAGACCAGAGGAGACUGAACCCGGCUCACCUUCAUAUCUAAAUUAUCAUGCCAACUUUAAUAACAACAACACAAACAACACCAGGAGCAUACAGAGAUAUGAACUACACUUCCCAUCAGGCAUCAGGGCAUCCAGCCAUUACGGUCCUGUCAGUGCAGCCGACUUUCUUAUACAAGAGACUCUGUUUGCUGGGGGUUUGGAGAGUCUUGCAUGCGACUCCUACUUUGUAUCCGUAACAAAGGCAGAGAUGGCGGAAUCACUGCGCAUGGAUGUCGACGUGUUGGAGAGGAUCUCGGCAGCCAUUCUUAACAAACGUCAAGGACAUUCAGAGAUGUUUAAAGACACAGUAACCUGUCAGUUAGACGUUACGCACUGCCAAGUGUAAUGCUCAUCUGAGGACACUGGAUGAACCAUAGAGACUUUAUUGGAUCAUCAGGACUCGUAAUACAGUUGUGAGAACUGCAGCAAAGUGUUUUGACUUGUCACAGACAAGUUGACAGAUAAUAGUUUUUUCAAUAUUUAAUGACAAAUGUACACAAAAGUACUUUCCACUGUCAAAAUACACGAUUUUUGACAGAAGUUGGGCCAGUUUCGGCCAGGCUAUUAUGUUAGCGUAUCACUACUUCUGAUGUCGAAAAACAUGCUGUUUCCGAAAUAGCCCCUUACACACUUAUGUAGGGCACUAUUUGAGGGGGUGGCCAUUUGUAGUAGUGUCCUUGAUCACAGUGGACAUUGUCAAGUGCACUCCUUUAAUCCCACAAUCCAUAGCAAUAAUAAGUGUACAGCUAAUGCGGAGCUAGUCACUACUUAUCCACUUUGAGGCCUGCGCUGAAUUAAUUCAACAGACGAUGUUCACAGUGCUAUUCACUUAUUUCAUUCAGUUUUAAAUGAAUCUUUAAUUGCAUUAUAUAAGCACCUAUCGUCUGAUUCACGAUUUCCUUUGGUGUGUAAGUGUCUAUAGUACAUGUUAACGAUAUGCAAAAGGUACAAACCCCAAAGUAAAUGAUGAAGCAAGUUUUCGUUUCCAACGUAAAUCUCUUUUCUUGGACUACAACAAACACACGGAUUGUAGGCAACAGUUAACUUCCUGGGCUUGUUGACGUAGACAAGAAUGACAUUAUCAUAAUUCCUUCCGCUUCAGACUCACAGCCUGUAAGUGAACUCCUGUUAGCAUUGCAUUGUGACAGAAUCUUUCAAACAUGGUAGGGAGCUUUAAAUUCCCAGCUGACUUCAGAGGUAUUUAGGCCAAUCACAACGUACAGAUAAACUGGCCAAUCAGGGACACAGAGCUUUUCAGAUCGAUGAGAAGACAGGGAUAUCUGGAGCUACAAAAAUGUAUGGUGUGUGGAAAAGAAUGUGUUUUUUGAACCAUAAACCAUGUGAACACAUUGUAUUAUACCAAAUACACAACAUUACAUUGUUUUAGCAAUGAAAUAGAUGCUCUUUAAGAAACCUAAACAAGACAAAAAUACUAAUUAAGAAAGUAAUUUUUGCAGCAUAUGACUCUUCUGGGGUGACAUUGUUGUUUUGCAUUAAAUCAAAUGUACUCACACAGAACAUAGCAAAUAAUAAAUAAAAUAUUAACACUGUUUUACUAAACAUGUUUUAGUUCAUCUUGAUUU